CGGCAUGUGCUGCAUAAACAAUGAAGACCAGUCUGUCACUAGUCGCUGUUGCCAGCAGACGUGCUCGUCUUGCGAUCCGUACCUACAGUUUUGUCGGAUUCGAGCAAUAGUCGUUUUAAACCAUUACAAGUGCGUGUAUUUGAUUUGAUAUUGCAUAUACUGUCUUGUGUAGAAAAUAUAAAUCCCUCAAAAAGUGUUGAAAAUAUAAUUUCACAAUCCUAAUUAUUACUAAAAAUAAAACUACAACAAAUGGUUUAUCAUCGGCGAACAAGUUAAAUGAAUGUUUAUGGUAGAUAGGAUUAAGAUCGUGUUGGAAUCCUGACAACUAUCAAUAUCAUAGCAGUGGAAAGUGCAGUGAAUUAACACAAUCCAUUCUUAGCAAUCCAAAGGAAUUGGAAUAAAAGAGAUACAAAAAUAUUCAAAAUGAAUUCAAUUGUCAUUGUUUACAUACCACAUACGGUCGAAUAUACACCUGAUGUACAAUUUUCCUCCUUGGAGUAUGUUAGUGUUCCAAUCAAUGAAUCUAAAAUCGAAACCAUUAGUAUGAAUGCGAUGAAAUCAAAUUUAAACAUGAACUGUGGAACAGCGAGGGAAACCGCUGAAAAGCUUAAUCAACACAUCAUGAAGGACGAUCUGAUUUUGCUGGCCUCGGAGGAAAAAUCGAGCUUGAGGCGCAGCUGUAGUUUUCUGGAGGACGAAGAUCAUGCGGCCUUAGACAGUGAUACAAAUCCACUAAGCUACGUUCCAAUAAGCAAUGAAAUAAUUUUGGAAGUAUCAUCGUCAAGCUUUGAUGAAGGAAUAGGCUUGAGUAACACUGAAGAAUCAAGUGAUGAUCAAGCGAGUGCCAAAUCCGACUCGCUGGCAGCCAACAACUCUGUGAAGAUUCCAGCAGCGAAAGGCUAUCAACGUAAGCAAAGUAAGGAUAAAUUAAAAAACUACAAAUGUGAAAUCUGCCAUCAAGUGUUUAUGAUGAAAAAACACCUUCGGGAGCAUCACGUAAUUGAGCAUCCGGGAGAAAACUGUAACAAAUGUACCAUAUGUGAAAAAACGUUCAAACUACGGUCGAAUCUUCGGCAGCAUCUUCGUAUCCAUACGGGUGAACGUCCAUUUCGAUGUGACAUUUGCGGCAAGACAUUUGUACAGGGCAGCGCUCUGACUGUCCAUCGGGAAUUACAUAAGGAACAGCGUGACUAUGAGUGCUCAGUUUGCAAAAAAGCAUUUAAAUCAAAGUUUGCCUUCAAAAAACAUGAAAAAGUACACAUUGGACUGCGGCCAUUCAAGUGUGAUGAGUGUGGAAAAUCAUUCACCCAAUCAUGUAACCUGAAAGCACACCAAAAAUUGCAUACAGGAAAUCACGCAUAUCAUUGUACAACCUGUUCAAAGACCUUUCGCUUCAAAUCCCACUACCAAGAUCAUCUAAUGACGCACACCAAGGAGAAAAAAUACUGCUGUACCCAGUGCGGUCGUACGUUUGCUUACAAAAACUCCUUCCAGCGGCACACCCUAAUCCACCGGGAUGAAGCUCAACACCAGUGUAUGGGAUGCGGGAAACAGUUCAGCAAACUAAGUCACCUCACCUUCCAUUACAAAUCUCAAGGUUGUGCUCGUAAACUAGCACGAGAGGGUGAGGUAGAUAGAGCUUCAAAAAUUCUGACUUGCGACAUUUGUAACAGCGUCUUCGAACGCGACGAUACUUUACUGGCCCAUCGAAACGAGCUGCACAGCUGCGAGGAAAACGUGCACGAAAAGGGACGAUGUCGGUACAAAUGCGUUAUCUGUAGCAAAUCGUUCCAGGAAGAGAGAGAGUUGCGUACCCAUUUCAAAUUGCACGAAGCCGACGAUUGUCCUUUUCAGUGUGGGAUGUGUGGAAUCCUUAAUUUAAACCAUACCUAAAAACCGGUAAGGUUCUCGUUUAAGGGUAUGCUAAUAAAAUGAAGAAGAAUCAGGCCAAAUUUACUGUAUGAUAAGGACUUAUUCUGUGAUAUCUCAGAGUGUAUGAAAAAUAUGUGUUUGUACUGGUCGUUUCGUAUUAAACAGCGAAUAUCUACAAGAUAAGAUUAGUGUUUUAAUUACCGUCGCAAACCACAUUUUGUGACAAUCCUCACUCCGAAUCCAUCCUAAAUUAAUGGAACCAAAAAUCAUAAUGGAAAAGAUUCGUCUCUAGUACGGUCGUUGCUGCAGGGUAGCUUUUCUCAUAUGCAUAUGUUGCCUCUGAAAACGUUGGUAAAUGGUUCAUGCCGACUAUAAAAGGUGUGGGAAUAACCCUAGUGGGAGUUUCUAGUUCCUUAAUAGAGGUAGUAAUCCAUUCCAGCUUCUUAGAUAGAACCUUUAGAAAGGGAUAUUAUAUACUAAACUAAUUGAAAGGCCCUGCCCGGCACUGAAACAUCUUAAACAUUUGUUCUCUGUUCACUCAUAAUGCUUAACACGGAACUGGAAUGGAUUUAAAUGGAAGCAUAAUAAAACUAUUAGUAUUAAUUUUUGACUAGUUCAUAUGGUCCAGUUCUAUGGGUAAGUUU